CUUGGUUAUUGAGGUUAUUUGGUUAUUGUGAUAUACAUCUAAUGUUUUCAUGUAUUUGCAUUUCUGUGUCGGGCUGUGUGUGGCUCUGUUGGUGUGUGUGUGGGGGGGGGGCUCUGUGUGGGGCUGCAUUUGUGUGUCUUUGCAUGUUUGCUUGGUCUCUUUAUGUUUGAAUACGGUUGUGUGUUCUCUUGGUUAUUGAGGUUAUUUUGUUAUUGUGAUAAAUCUAAUAUUUUCAUGUAUUUGCUUUUCUGUAGAUGCCGAAAGGAAAGGGGUAUCGUCGCUCUUUGGCUACCAAGCUGAAGUACGCACAGCGCAACACUCCUCAGCUUCCCACUCCUGAAGUGAUUCUGGUGCCACGUGGUGGUGCAUGCUGUGGAACAGGGGUUCGUCACAAAAUCAACAUAUGUAAGUCAGAGGUUAUUGGAAAACAACACAAGCUCAUCAUUCCUCCAGAGGUCCCAGACAAGAAGUUCAUUCUGGUUGUCGUCGAUUCUCAUCUGCGGGCCAUAGUUGACGGGAUCGUUCCGAUGCCAAAGUCAAAGGACAUUCCGCUGUCGUUUGGCUUCCUGUCUGUGCCUGGGGGCUGUGCUGCAGACCUGAGGGCAGAGUUGGUCAACGCAGUUCUUCCCCGGACCCCAGAUGCUAUCUGUCUCUUGGCACCCAGUAACAACCUCACUGCAAACCAAACCUUCAGUGAAGCGGCGGCGGAUUUCCGCAAACUACUGGUCAGCGCCCACAUCAUUUGUGCUAAGGUCUUGGUUGUCGACUUCCCGCCACGUUUGAACGUUGCCCUGGAUGUACAACAGCGUUAUCUUGAGGAGUACCAUCGUGUUGCAGCUCCGUUGGGUGUUACCUGCUACUCUGUUGAGGAUAAGUUCCCUUUAAAGAACAGUCAGCUGUGGAGCAAAGAUGGCAUUCAUCUCAGCGACAAUCAUGGAAUGUCUAUCCUGAUGGAGCUUCUGUACAUGGCCUCCUAUGUCCAGGUUUUGGAGCCAAAGCGAGCAACUGUUGCGUGGAAAGGACCAGCUAGGAAGGCUUUUGUGUCGGUGCCAAUGGUUCGUCGCAGGGUUCCUCCUUCCUCCCCCAGGAUUGGUGUGUGUGAAGAUGGCUGGACAGUUGUUGGACAAGGCAGGAAGAGGUUCCAACCAGCUGACAACUCUGGUGUUUCACCCACAAAGAAACUGGUUCAGACGGAGGAGGACAUGGUGGAAUGCUCCAUCGUGCUAAAUCCGGUGUGGUUUAGUAAGGAGCUUCUUCAAACUUUGGGUGAUGGCACCAUUCACAUCCCAGCCCCUGUGUCCGCAACUGGUCCAAAGGGCCUAAAGGAAGCACCAAAAGAACGUCACCACCAUCAGUUUGCUACCAAGAAGACAGCGGUUUUGCAGCAGGACAAGGCUACUACAUCAACGGCACUUCCUGGUCCAUUGUCUGCCAGUCUCGCCACAGUGACUCUGAAGGAGGGCAGGAUGCCUUCAUCAGAUCAGCAACUGGAGCACCCUGGGAAGGAGAAGACAUCAGUGACAUUGUCCAGCCCUUCCCUUCCUGAUGUUAGUGAAUGGCCUACACUACUGGACACCGUGAAGGAUCCAGUUGCAAAGCUGCAGUGGACCCAUUGCAUAUCCAAGAAGGAAGAUGAUGUACAACAGGAGGAGGCGGCAUCGGUAUCUCCCAAGUCGUGUUAUGCUCAUGUUGCAGCAAAGUGUCCACUUCACCUUAAGAAGGAGACUGCCACAGUGACAUCGUCCAGCCCUUUCGUUGCUGGUGUUAACGAAUGCCGGGGACCACAGCCCACCGAAAAGGCUCCUACUGUAAAACUGCAGAAAAGGCAUCUGAUGUCACAGAAGGAAGAUGGAAUGCAGCAGUCCUGUGAAGUACCUGAGAUGACAGUGGUAUCACCCCUGCUGUGUCUGCUCUUCCUGUUGCUACUCCACCUGACCACCUGGACCAUAGAUGAUGAGCAGCCAGGCCCAUCUACAACCCUGACAACAAGCCGACAGGCCUACACAGAGAGGGGCUGGAAGGAAGAGUCAAACCAGCUCAAGAUCUCCAGCCAAGUCAGGACAGCCACACCACAGCUCUGAGCCCUGGAAAACAGAGAGUGAUCCUGAUACUGCCCCACAAACCAGUAGGUUCAUGCCCUGCAGAACACCAGAUGCCCAGGUGAAUAUGCAUUCAGUACACUCACCAAUGGACCUGUUCCAGCUGUACUUUGUCAUGGAUACCAUGAGGACACUCUGCAAAAACAGAUUUUCUAAGCAAAAAAGAAAAGAAAAAACGCCUAUUGCCACACCUGCUUUUUGCUGUAUAUAGAUUGAUUUUAUCUCAAUUUUACCUUUUUCUAUGUUUUAUUUGCACUAUUUGGAAACCCUCAUACUCUGAGAAUGCAAGGCAUUUAAUGUAGCUCUCUGUAUAAUUGUGUGCAUAAACUGUUUUCAAGAGUGGCAAAGCUAAAAAAAAAAAAAGCCUAUGGCUACACUCGGGUCAAUGACGUGACAUGCAACUUUUUGUGUCCAAGUGCAUUAAUUUGGUUUAAAAUAAUUUAAAAGAAUUCAUACAAGCAUCAUUUUAUUCUAUAAAAUCUGUAUAGUUUGAACAUAUUUUAGUGUAUCAUAAAAAUGGUAUAUAUUUUAUGUUUUGCCAUCUAAAACCCUCAAAACGUCAGGUGGUGCAACCGUCCAAGCAAAUUAACACCAUAUGAAAAGUAUUAAAUAUGGAAUUUAAAAGUUAAGGAAAUUAAAAAUAAAUAUGGGGGCAUACUUUGACAUUGAAGACCUUUCAAAUAAACAACAUUUACUAGUUUAAUAGCUCUUAAAUUGUUUAGAAAAUUGAAAAAAAACCUUUGUCCGGAAAUUUGCAUAUCUGAAAUGUCAGGGCGGCGCAACCACAUUCAUGGAACUUUUAUUUUGAAGUGAAGAGGUAAAAGAGUGAACAGGAUAUUGCAUCAUCAAGAGGACCCCAACUGACCUUUUCUGAUGAGUGAAAGGUUUGUAAAUCCCUCUCAUAUAUUCAUAAAAAUAGCAACUUUCUCUUCAUAGUUAGAUUUGUACAGUUUACAUGUCAGGUGGUACAACCAAUGUAACACUAAGAAAAAGUUAUUUUAAUUUAAAACUCUUUAUUGUAUUAUAAAAUUGAAUGAAUAAACUUGUUAGCAAAGACAAAAAGUUGUAUAGGUGUCCAAGAAAGUGCCUGUAUAAUUUGAAAUUAGUAGCAAAAGUCAGGUGGCACAACCAGUAAGUCAGGUGGCACAACCAGAAGGAAUGCCACUUCUGGAUUAAAUAAACAUGUUAACUUCAAUUAUUUUAUUGUAUAUUUUUACAAAUAUUCAUUAAUUGUACAUUAAUAGUUACUAUAUACAUUAAAUAUCUUUUUAUGAUUAUAUUUAAAAAAUAUCUCUUUCAAUGAUUUUAGAUGCCACUAUCAAGUAAGGAAAAAGCUGCACGCUACAGGAAGCGCAUUAAAAAUGAUCCAGCUGCAACAGAAAGAUAUCUUGCAAAAAGGAAAGAAAGGUAAUACAUCUUAAUAAGCCACAGUUUUUGUGUAAUUGAUAAUUUUGUACAGCAAUCAGUCAGGCUUUUCAGAUUUUCAAAAUAGAAUAUGCCAGUUAACCUUAGUGUUCAUG